AUGAAACGCACGUUGUGUAGUCCUUACCUGGCGCUUCAAAAGAUGUUGGUAAACGUAAAGCACCUGGUAACAGAUCCUACAACGAGGCAAUUGAUCCUGUUACAGGUCAAGCAGCAGGAAUAACAACACCCUACACAGCUAAAGAUGCUGCCGAGCUCAUGGCGAAACAUCCAAUUCAAACCCAACUGAAGGAAGAGGAAGAGGAAGAGGAAAUUUAGUGUUUCCUAUAUCACAUGUAAUCAUUAAAAUGGGAAGCGCCUAAUUAAGUUAUAAAGAAAAAAAAAUCUGGUCGUAAACAACAAUUGGCCAUUCGAUCAGAGAUGGACAGCUGCAAUUGAAACAUUUCGUGAUCAGUUAGGUGGAAUGUUAAAAUACAAGUCCAGUUAGAGUGUUCAAAUAAAGGAGAGCGCAUCCACGGCAGUCAAACUCAUUAUUGUCGAGAGGAAAGGGAAGGGAUUACAUAUAGCAAACAUUUUCAAAGAUGGAACUGUUGCUGGUACAAUUUGUGUGGCUACGUUAAUUUCUGGUGAACACUGAAUUAACAAACUGUUUCGUUCAUUGACCCGGAGUUUAAAAGACCUGAUAUACAAAUUUAGUCACAAACACUUCAAGCAAUACACAACCUCCUUAGGUUCCAUUUUGAGUCCACAUGAGGAAUCGAACCUCAAACCUCCGGAUUCCGCGCUCCAAUGUAAUACCACUGAGCCAAACAGACUCUACGGUGAGCGAGGUCUAUUACGAAGUUCAUAUAAUACGCGUCCUGGAUACUGCUAGGAUCGGUAAUGUCGAUAGCGUCAUGUUUGUAAAUAGAAUAAGACAGAUAGUAAGUUUUCAGCUCGGUAAGGGGUUUUUUUCUUUGUCCCAUGCUGGUGACAAGACGAAAAACAUCUUUAACUAACUUAUAUGUAGUUUAAAUGUUUCUUCUUAUAACCUUUUUAUCACUAUUUUCUUUACGUUUUGACUAUUAAACUUUUAAUAACCAACGGUCCACACCAUCUGUUGCCUAUAAGGAUCCGCUGAUUCGUCUUCAAGUUUAAACAAAGCUUCUAUUACCAUUAUCACAGUUUUCAUCCUUGUAAUCAUUAUUAGUAUCAUCAUCAUCACUGUGACUAUCAUCAUUAUCAUCAUCAUAAUGAGCAUAGACUUGGACUCGAAAAAAAGAACUUAUCUUCGAUAUUUUAGGCCUAGGCUCUCUCGCGACUAUUCUCUGUCUGGCUGUUUUAUAAAUGUUCUUAAUAGUAAACAUUUAGCGAAAUGUGCCCGAAAUUCCCCUUGGUUGUACGAUGCAAUACGUGAUGUAAAUAAAAUAUGCAAAUCGAAAUCCAAGACGAAACCCCGCGGAAAACGUCAGCACCCCGCUGGAGGCCUUUCCGAUUAUGACACCUUUCGCUCUACGGUACAGGUUCCAUUGUUCUUUCAGCCGUAUCUCGCGUUCUUUUAAAGAUUUAUUCAUUUUCUCGACAAAUUAAACUUAACUGCUUUCCUCAACUAAAGAGAAUGAAAACCAAAUUAUACGAAAAUUUGACCAGAUUUUGUCGACAAUAACCUAAAAUGAAUUUUGUUUCAACCUCUGAGCUGCCCACAUGCAAAUAUCCCUGUGACCUAUGACUUCUAAAUGAAGCUCAGAUCCAGCAUAAAAACCAAACAAAUCUCAUCACAGUUUACAGACUCUAACAGACAAAGCAUCCUGAAGAAAUCGACUCCAUUCGGUAAGUAGAUAGCAACGCUACAUACUUGAAUAACGGCGCUCUCGUCUUAAGUUCCAUUUGGUUGUACAAUGCGAUACGCGAUGUAAAUAAGAUAUACAAAUCGAGAUCCCAGACGAAACCCCGCGGAAAACGUCAACACCCUGCUGGAGGCCUUUCCCAUCAUGACACCUUUCGCUCUACAGUACCAGUUCCCUUGUUCUUUCAGCCGUAUAUCGCGUUCUUUUAAAGAUUUUCUCAUUUUUUCGAUACAUUAAACUUAACUGCUUUCCCCGAUUAAACAACAAUCGAAAUUUUGAAAAGUUUGACCCUAUUUUGUCUGCAAUAACACAAAAAGAUUUUUCUUUCAACCCAUGAGCUGCCUACAUGCAAAUAUUCCUGUGACCUGUGCCUUCUUAAUGAAGCUCAGCUCUAGCAUAAAAGCCAAACGCAUCUCAUCGUAUGCAAAGUUUUCAGACUCUAACAGACAGAGCGUCCUGGAGGAAUCCACUCCAAUCGAUAGAUAGAUAGCAACGCUACAUACUUGAAUAACGGCGCCCUUGUCUUAAGUUUUACCAGCUUUACAGUGAUUCACUAAGAAAAAAUACUAUACAUCAGGGGCUCCUCUAUACAUGAAGUAUUUCGAAAAGCCAGCCUGAGUAGGUAGUAUAACAAUAUAUAUUCGGCUUAUCUCAAAUACUUAAAAAGGAAAAAGUAUACGUUGUUUUAAAUACAUGUAGGUUUGAGUGCUCUAUUCAAAGUUGUAAUUCUUGGAGUGUUACCUCCGAUGAAGCAACACUGAUUCAAACUGAACACCACGUUUGUAAGGUGUUUCCUUUCCAAAUUUACGUCCAAAUUAAAGUCAAAGAAAGUGCAAUGGCAGACUAUUAGGGUUUACAAGUUGAUAAGGGUUAAUCGAGAUCCCAGACGAAACCCCGCGGAAAACGUCAACACCCUGCUGAAGGCCUUUCCGAUAGUGACACCUUUCGCUCUACGGUACAGGUUGCCUCGUUCCUACAGUCAUAUUUGGCGCUCUUUUAAAGAUUUUGUCAUUUUUUCGACAAAUUAAACUUAAUUGCUUUCUCCGACUAAAGAGCAAGAACACCAAAUUUUAAAAGAAUUCGACCAGAUUUUGUCGACAAUAACCUAAAAAGAGUUUUCUUUCAACCUCUGAGCUGCCCACAUGCAAAUAUUCCUGUGACCUAUGACUUCUUAAUGAGGCUCAGUUCUAUCAUGAAAGCCAAAGGCAUCUCGUCACAUCGUCACAUGCAAAGUUCACAGAAUCGAACAGGAAGAGCGUUCUGGAGGAAUCGACUCCAUUCAGUAGGUAGAUAUCAACGCUACAAACUUGAAUAACAUCGCUCUCGUCAUAAGUUCCAUUUGGGUUUACGAUACAAUUCGCGAUGUAAAUAAAAUACGCAAAUCGAGAUCCCAGACGAAACCCCGCGGAAAACGUCAACACCCUGCUGGAGGCCUUUCCGAUAAUGACACCUUUUGCUCUACGAUACAGGUUGCCUUGUUCUUUCAGCCAUAUAUCGCGUUCUUUUAAAGAUUUUGCCAUUUUUUGAACAAAUUAAACUUAACUGCUUUCUCCGACUAUAUGACAAAAAGAUCGAAGUUUUGACAAGUUUGACCAGAUUUUGUCGACAAUAACCUAAAAAGAAUUUUCUUUCAACCUCUGAGCUGCCUACAUGCAAAUAUUCCUAUGACCUAAGACUUCUAAAUGAAGCUCAGUUCUAGCAUAAAAGCCAGACGCAUCUCACCAGAUGCAAAGUUUACAGAAUCUAAUAGCCAGAGCGCCCUAGUGAAAAAGACUCCAUUCGGUAAGUAGAUAGCAACGUUACAUACUUGAAUAACGGCGCUCUUGUCUUAAGUUCUACGGCUUUACAAUAAUUCACAAAGAAAAAAUAAUAUACAUCAGGGGCACCUGUAUACAUGUAGUAUUUCGAAAAGCCAGCCUGAGUAGGUAGUAUAACAAUACAGUUGGCUUAACACAACUACUUAAAAAAGAAAGUUAUUUACGUUGUUUUAAAUACAUGCAAGUUUGAGUGUUCCAUUCAAAAUUGUAAUUCUUGGAGUGUGACUUCUGAUGAAGCAAUACUGAUUCAAACUGAACAUCACGUUUAAAAGGUGUUUCCUUUCCAAAUUUAAGUCCAAGUUUAAGUCAAAGAAAGUGCAAUGGCAGAUUAUUAAGGAUUAAAAAAUGAUGGUAUUACCAUAUAAUCGCUACUUGUUUCUGCUCAUUUAAGCAUUUUCACUUUUGCGUCCGAGUUUCCGGUGGGUUUUAGGAUUCGCUGCAGUCAGAUAUCAUGUCACAAGUAAACUAAAUCAGAGCCGAGCUCGUGGAGUUUCACUCGUUGUCCGUACUUUUCAUUUUACGUACAAUAAGUAAGCUGUUAACCCUUUAACUCCCAAGAUCAAAUCGUUAAUUCUCUCUCAUGGCUGCUACACGUUUCCUUGUAAAUAAGUUACGAGAGUUUUGGUGUUAGAUCAAGAUUAAAACUUCUACGUGAAACGUUUAAGAUUUCUCAUUACCUGUUUCCUGAAUAUUGUAUGGAUAUUACUUUAGGGUUUAAAGGGUUAAGGGAGGAUCGUCACUUGUAAUUUGACAUUCAGUCAACUGGCCAGUUGUCGACUAACUUUUUGUGUGAUAGUGAACGGGUAUCCAUCAACAGCCUACCGGCUCUUCGUGAUAAAAGGUGAAAAUAUCAAUAUGCCCAAUUCUCGACACAGUUGAUAUAAUAAAAAUGUUAGUCAGAAAAGGUCCUCGCCCUAGUCUCCCAACCAUUUUGGCUACUCUGAAUCGCUCCUGUAAUUUUCAACCUUUCGUUAUCAAUUCCCUAUUUCUAUAUGCCCGCAAAACUAGAACCUCAAAUACACGGUCUAUUUUCAAAUCGAUGCCGAUAUUUUCACACAGUAACCUAAAACGCUCAGUAAUGUAACCUGGUUUGAUUCGGUGGUUUGACACACUGCUGGAUAUAGAACCAGUAGAGGUAUAACGCCUUAAAGGUUUGGCAUUAAAGAGUUCUGGGAAGUAUGAUUAACUCUUAAGCAAUUACUGUUAAAAUCAAUGUUAUCAUUAUUACGAGUAUCACUGCCAAACUAACUACUCUAUAAGGAAGUGCAUAUGAAAACAAAAUGCUUUUUAGUUAAUUAAUUUAAACCUGUCUUUGUUUCACAGAUUUCGUGCCUUAUCACAAGCAUCAAGGUAGAGACACUCUUUAUGCAGGAAAUCAUGUUUGUCUCCCUGCUACUGUUGCUUUGCGUGACCCUCGCAAUUCCUGAAGCCAGUCAAGCUACCGAUAGUGAAUCAGAGGGACUCGGAAAGGUUGUUUACCUUCCGAAGAUAAACUUAUUGGCCGACUUUCAUGAAAAAGAGAAUCGCAUCUUUGAACCUCUACCAUCAGAAUGCUUCACCAAGAAACCCUUGAAGUCCUCAAGCAGCAAAUUCGAUUACUAUAAAAGUACCAAGGAAUUGUAUAAGUCACUGGCCACCGAGUCAAGCCUGAGCGCCUCGUUAACCUCGACGUUUACUUUGAGCGCUACUGUAUCAGUGGCAACAAAGAGCAAAAGCUCAUUGAAAACAGAAGUGAGUGGCAUAUCUUUGAUCAAGGAGGCGUUGACAGAAAAGAUUUACGUCGAUAAAGAAUGCCUUGUGAAUGCCAAAAAAUCCACCCUCGAUGGAGGUUUUCUGGACUAUUUAGAAAACCUGCCAUUAAGAAUUGAAAAGCCUUGGUUUCACAAUUCUUGGAGAGCAUAUCGUACUUUCCUAGAUAAAUAUGGCUCCCAUGUCAUAACAUCUAUGAAGCGCGGAUCAAGGUUCCAGCAAAUGGUCUUCGCAGAGAGCUCUCAAUCGUAUAGCGAAAGAGAUUUCCAGGUGAAAGCAUGUGUCUCGGCUGCAGGUCCCACGUCUGUUGGAAAGCUUGGCGUUUCUGCUUGUUCUAAAAUAGGCAGCAAUGAAAUGUCAAAGGCAAGCAAGAUGAGUGUUAGCGAGACACGGUUCGUCAGGGGAGGACUAAGGGCAACAAAUAGCGAGCUGGCAAAUGGAGAAACGUCAGCUGAACUGAUUAUAAAACUUAUGAAUGAAGCUGAUGAGGCACCUUCGCCUGUCCAGCAUACCUUCAUGCCGAUUUCGCGCAUAUUACAAAGCCGCUUUAAACCAGGAUCUAAGAAUUACAUCCGAGCAACAAACCUCGAGUACUACUACAACGGUUACUUAAAUUACGGUUGUACCUACAAGUCACUCAAUGGUGUCGAACUUCAAAAAUUCGACUAUGCCAAAGGAUCAAAGGAAGAAUAUCCAGAAUUCGAAUGUUCUAUCCCAAAGGAAGGUUGUCAUAGCGACAAUGACUGUUACUACAUGGUUGGUGUCUGGUGCAAUUGCGGGGGAAGAACAUGCGUUCGUCACAAGUCGGAGAAACAAAUCCUAGGUAGUUCCAAGGAAACUGCAUAUAUGAACACGGCAACAUGGGACUGGAAAGGAUGCGAUUGGAAAGUCUGGGGGUCGGUAUGUGCUUGCUACAACAAAGAUCGCAAUGAAAGGCAGACUGUGUGGUCCUUAGCUACCAGUUCCAAAGAUGCUGGUAAACAUAAAGCACCUGGCAACACAACCUACGACGAGGCAGUUGAUUCUGUUACAGGUCAAGCGGAAAGAAUGGCAACACCUAACACAGCCGAAGAUGCUGCCGAGCACAUGGCGAAACAUCCAAUUGAAACCCAACUGAAGGAAGAGGAAGAGGAAAUUUAAUGUCUCUUAUAUCACAUGUAAUCACUUAAAUGGGAAGCGCCUAAUUAAGUUAUAGAGAAAAAAAAUCUGGUCUUAAACAACAGUUGGCCAUCCGAUCAGGGAUGGACAGCUGCAAUUGAAACAUUUCGCGAUCAGUUAGGUGGAAUGUUAAAAUACAAGUCCAGUUAGAGUGUUCAAAUAAAGGAGAGCGCAUCCACGGCAGUCAAACUCAUUAUUGUCGAGGGAAGGGAAGGGAUUACAUAUAGUAAACAUUUUCAAAAAUAGAACUGUUGCUGAUACAAUUUCUGUGGCUAUGUUAAUUUCUGGUGAACACUGAAUUAACAAACUGUUUCGUUCAUUGACCCCGAAGUUAAAAAGACAUGAUAUACAAAUUUAGUCACAAUCGCCUCAAGCGAUACACAAUUUUCGUUUCCAUUCAUGACUUUAGCUGGGGUGAAAUAGUAUAGCGAAAUAGAGAACAAGCAACGAGCAGGGGUGUAGUGCUAGCUAACCAUUAAGAAAAAAGCGCAGGGCGGAACAACUUGUGUGUGGGGACCAUAACAGCUAAAGCCAGUGAGAGUUGCGCGUUUAAAAUUGUUAGAGGACAUUUCGGCCGUCAGUAAUUUUCCUCGAUUUUACACGUUUCUCAGCAG